AACUGUUCGGAAACCUCUAGAACAUAGGAACGACGUCGAUGGAGGCGCCACCGGCGAUGGCAUCGGAGGGGGGACAGCGCGGCGCGGGGGGCAGCCACGUACGAGGAUCGCGGGCCGCUCACACACCUUACCGAUCAGCUGUGAAAAUUGUACGCGUCGCGCGCCGUUUAAUUAUAUAAUUUGUUACAAAUCAUCCGUUGGAAUAAACCAGUACCUAUAUUUCGGAAACAGCCUCAGUCAUUUCUACAGCCCAAGAAUUCUCCCUAACAAAGUGGUCCUUCGCAAGAAAGAAAAAACAACGGAGGCAGGCGUGCAGUGACGCGUGCGUGGCGAUUUUGCAGCGCAGGAAAAAACCAACGUGGCGCACACGUCUCCAAGAAAUAUAUCGACGAGAACGGAUAACUGUGGCUACGGAUCGGUAAAUAGUGUGUCGUUCCAAUUAAUCAUUGCCCUUUAUCACUUCUUAAAUUCUUCCCGCUUUGUUGGCCAUUUAAAUCUGUUCCAUUUUUUUUCCCCAUAUUUAUUAGUCAUCGCAUUCAUUUCGUUGCACAUAUUUCAAGCCUGGUUAUCGCUCAAGCCUAUUAUUGUAGGUGCAUCGCUGCAUAAUUAGUAGCAGGCAAAAAUAAGAAACCUGUUUACACGGAUACGUGUUAGCUUGACCGCUAAUUCACUCAAGGUCAACAUCUGUCGCUUUGCAAUUUAUUCAACGCAGUGCUUGCUCAUUAGUUACGAAUUAACGUAAUUAUUAUUUAUUUGAAUAAUGGACUCUAAACUUAAAGAAUUAGUUAAGAAACGUGCAAGCUGUAAAGCUAAACUUACGCUUUUCAGCAAUUAUUUAAAUGUAGUCCUUUCUUGUUCACGAUUAAGUGAUUUACAAGUAACAGAACUGGAAACCCGACUUGAUAAAAUGGAUUUAUUAUACAAUGACUAUGAUAAAAUACAGGGGGAUAUCGAGCUGCUGAUGGAGGACUCCGCCGAGGCAUUGGCUGAUCGCGAAGCCUUUCAAAACCAAUACUUCUCCUUGGUGUCAUCGGCGCGCGAGGUGCGACGUCAGCAUAGCGAGCGAAGAGCCAGCGUGUUGGUGAGUUCCGUACAAGCUUCAGAUAAUAAUGACGCCACACAGUCGAAACAUAGUGUUGUGAAAUUACCACAGAUUAGUUUACCACAUUUUGAUGGAAGCUAUCAGCAUUGGCUCGAGUUUAGAGACACGUUUGAUUCUCUUAUACACAAGAACACAUUGUUGGAUGACAUAAGUAAAUUUCAUUAUCUGAGGUCCUCGUUAAAGGGUGCUGCUGCCUUAAUUAUUAGAAGCUUGGAUUUUAAUUCUGGUAACUACAGCAUCGCCUGGGAUUUAUUGACGAAACGUUACAAUAAUAAUCGUCUUUUGGUAAAUAAUCAUGUUCAAUCGUUAUUUAAUGUCGAUCAAAUAGAAAAGGAGUCCAGUAAAGCAGUACGUCAUUUAGUCGAUAGUACUACAAAAAAUCUCAGAGCUUUAACAAUUUUAGGACAACCGACGCAGCACUGGGACACCUUAAUUAUUUAUAUAAUGGCUCACAAAUUAGAUACUAAAACUUACGUUCAUUGGGAAGAAUUUAGAAAUACGUUAUCCGAGGCACCUACAUUGUCUAAAUUUUUAACUUUUUUAAAUAACAGGGCAGACUUGUUGGAAUCAGUUGAGGACUCUGAAGCUAUUAAAAACAAGACCUCAAACAAUAAAUCAAAUAAGCAAAAAAGUUUUGCCAUAACAUCAACUGAUAAUAAUAAUAUUUCAAAUAAGGUUUCGAGCUCAAAUUGUCCAAUGUGCAAACAAAGUCAUGUUUUAUUUAAGUGUGAUAGUUUUCGAAAACUGACGUCAGAUGUUCGUAAUCAGAAGGCUAAAGAAUACAAGGUUUGUCUUAACUGUUUAAACCCGGGCCAUUCCGAACAAAAAUGCAAAUUGUGGGCUCGGUGCAAGUAUUGUAAGGCAAAACAUAAUACACUGUUACACGUAGACAAAGACAGCGAGCCGACUACCAGUAGUCAAAUAACAGAUAAUGUUACUUUAACUGCCAAAGCUAUACAGAAUACUACUUCGUCCACCGUAUUGCUUUCCACAGCGAGGGUGAAGGUGCGCGACAGCAGCGGCCGCAGCCACGUAGCGAGGGUGCUGCUGGACAACGGCAGUACCGCAAACUUUAUAACUGAGGAGCUGUGUGCAGAGAACCAGAUGGCAUGCGUCCACAGGCGAAAUUAAGCUGAAUCAGUUAGUUCUGAUCAGAGAGAAAACGCAACCACCACUACAUUGGCUAUUAGGCCGUAUCGUCAAGGUGUUUCCUGGUGCUGACGGCAUCACGAGGGUGGCGGAAAUCAAAACCAAGAAGGGCAACAUCACAAGGGCCUUCAACAACAUAUGUCCUUUACCUAUUGAAGACGAUGUUUCAACCCGGGCAGGAUGUUCGGAAACCUCUAGAACAUAGGAACGACGUCGAUGGAGGCGCCACCGGCGAUGGCAUCGGAGGGGGGACAGCGCGGCGCGGGGGGCAGCCACGUACGAGGAUCGCGGGCCGCUCACACACCUUACCGAUCAGCUGUGAAAAUUGUACGCGUCGCGCGCCGUUUAAUUAUAUAAUUUGUUACAAAUCAUCCGUUGGAAUAAACCAGUACCUAUAUUUCGGAAA